GCCCGGCGCGGCCCGGGCGGGGAGCGGAGCUAGGCAGGAGGCGGCCCGGGAUGGCCAGGAUGAACGUGGCCCUCCAGGAGCUCGGACACGCCAUGCCCAACUACAAGCGUGCCACGCUGCAGGAUGAGGAGGGGCCGGAACCAGCAGGGGAUGGCAGCGCCUCUCCAGACAGCGUGGAGGUGGGGUUUCGGAAGGGGCCGGGGACGCUGCUGAGCCGCCUGGCCUCGCGCAGCCAGCUGGAGCUGGUGCUCUGCGCCAUCGCCGUUUCCCUGGCCCUGCUGCUGAGCGUCGCUGUCAUCACCCUGGCCAUUCAGUACCAGAGAGAUCCCUCUCACAGCACGUGCCUGACGGCUGCCUGCGUCCGGGUGGCCAGCAAGAUCCUGGAGGCCCUGGAUACAGAGAUGGACCCAUGCCAGGACUUCUACCAGUACUCAUGUGGGGGCUGGAUCAAGAGGAACCCACUGCCCAAUGGGCGCUCCAAAUGGAGCACCUUCAACAGCAUCUGGGACCAGAACCAGGCCAUCAUGAAGCAUCUCCUAGAGAAUGCCACCUUCAACUCCAGCAGCGAGGCAGAGCGGAAGACACAGCGGUACUACCUGUCCUGUCUCAAAGAACAGAGAAUAGAGGAACUGGGCUCCCAGCCCCUCAUGGAGCUCAUUGACAAGAUUGGGGGAUGGAACAUCACUGGCUCCUGGAACCAAACCAGCUUCAUGGAGGUACUCAAGAGCGUGUCAGGCACGUACCGUGCAACCCCCUUCUUCACAGUGUAUGUGGGUGCAGACUCCAAGAGCUCCAACAGCAACAUCAUCCAGGUGGACCAGUCAGGCCUUUUCCUCCCAUCCCGGGAUUACUAUCUGAACAAGACCGCCAAUGAGAGGGUUCUGGCAGCUUACCUGGACUACAUGGUGGAGCUGGGCACGCUGCUGGGGGGCACCCCAGGGCCCACCCGCCUCCAGAUGCAGCAGGUGCUGGACUUCGAAACCCAGCUGGCCAACAUCACCGUGCCCCAGGCUGAGCGGAGGGAUGAUGAGAAGAUCUACCACAAGAUGAACAUUGCCGAGCUGCAGGUGCUGGCCCCUGCCAUUGACUGGCUGGAUUAUCUGUCUUAUUCCCUGGCCCCACUGGAGCUGGCAGACACGGAGCCCGUGGUGGUGUAUGGGGACACCUACCUCCAGCAGGUCUCUGACCUCAUCAAUGACACUGACAGGAGCAUCCUGAACAACUACCUGAUCUGGAACUUGGUGCAGAAAACGGUCUCCAGCCUGGAUCAGCGCUUUGAGACAGCCCAGGAGAGGCUGCUGGAGACACUCUAUGGCACCAGGAAGUCCUGCACACCCCGCUGGCAAACCUGCAUCUCCAACACGGAUGACACACUGGGCUUUGCUCUGGGCUCCCUUUUCGUCAAAGCCACCUUUGACCGGGACAGCAAGGCCAUCGCUGAGGAGAUGAUUAGCGAGAUCCGGGCAGCCUUCGAGGUGUCUCUGGAGCAGCUGGACUGGAUGGAUGAGAAGACCAGGCAGGCUGCAAAGGAGAAGGCAGAUGCCAUCUAUGACAUGAUUGGCUUCCCUGACUUCAUUCUGGACAACAAGGAGCUGGAUGAUGUUUACGAUGGGUACGAGGUCUCUGAAGACUCCUUCUUCCAGAACAUGCUCAACUUCUACAAUUUCUCUGCCAAAGUGAUGGCUGACCAGCUCCGGAAACCCCCCAACCGCGACCAAUGGAGCAUGACACCGCAGACCGUCAAUGCCUACUACCUGCCCACCAAGAAUGGGAUCGUCUUCCCUGCCGGCAUCCUGCAGGCCCCCUUCUAUGCCCGCAACCACCCCAAAGCCCUUAAUUUUGGUGGCAUCGGCGUGGUGAUGGGGCAUGAACUGACCCACGCGUUCGACGACCAAGGACGAGAGUACGACAAGGAGGGAAACCUGCGGCCGUGGUGGCAGAACUCCUCCCUGGAGGCCUUCAAGAACCGGACGGCGUGCAUGACCGAGCAGUACGGCCGCUACACUGUCCACAGCGAGAAGGUCAACGGGCGGCAGACGCUGGGCGAGAACAUCGCUGACAACGGCGGGCUCAAGGCAGCCUACAACGCAUACAAGUCCUGGCUGCAGAAGAACGGGGAGGAGAAGCGUCUGCCAGCCCUGGGACUCACCAACCACCAGCUUUUUUUCGUGGGCUUUGCACAGGUGUGGUGCUCCGUCCGGACACCCGAGAGCUCCCAUGAAGGGCUGGUGACCGACCCCCACAGCCCCGACAAGUACCGUGUCAUCGGCACCCUCAGCAACUCCCGGGACUUUGUCGAACAUUUCGGCUGCCCCCUGGGCUCCCCCAUGAACCCCGGCAAGCACUGUGAGGUGUGGUAGGGAGGGGGAGGGUGCUGUGGACAGAGGGGACAAUGCCAUGCUGUGCCCCCGCCCCCAGCCCUCGCUGGCUGCUAGAGCUCGCUACGGGCAGAGAGCGGAGGUCACGCUCUGUCGCGGUUCCCCUCCUGUGCACAAACCGCAGACCCCACCUCUGCCCCCUCCCCGGCACACACGGCCCCACACCAGGCACCCACCGCAGUCCCAUCCGCAGCCUGGGGCUGGACACGACCGGCAGAGAGGCUGUAGCACCCCCAAAACGCAACUCUGCCCCCAACCCUGAUGUGCUUGAGUCGGGCACAGCUCAGCGUCUCCCUGCACUGCAUCCCCCCCUCGCAGGUGGGCAGGUCAGAGGGGUCCCAGGGAAAGCACUAGAGCCAAGAUACCCCCGCUCCUGCCCCGCAGCCUGCCAGAAAUGGAGACUAGGGGCCACCCGGCUCCGCACUUCCCUUGUCCCCUCCCGAUCCAGCUUGGCUUCCCCAUCCACCUCUGCUGGGACCAGCGGGCGGCAGCGGGGACUCUGGUGCCUUCAGGUGUGGGUGGCUGUCGCCGAGUUUAUGUAACGAAUAAAAGCAGUUUCCACUUA